GCUUACAGGACGUGAACGCAGCCCUCCUUCCUGCACGCUAGGGCUCGGUUCGUCUUCGAUAGUACAGCACUCGAAGGCCUUCCCUGUCUUCACUGAAGUACUACGAGCUUAUAUUCCUUCGAUUAGCCAAUGUGCGUGUAACAGCUCCAGCACCUCCUGUCUGGCCUUCGAUCAUCUCCUUGCUCGGCUUUGCAAGCGCGCUCGAGGUCAGUUACCACUGCAAUCGUCUCUGCACUAGCUGAUUGAUCUCCCUCUCCUUCGAGUGGAUCGAUCUUCCUCCUGACGCAAACUUGCCUUGUCUUCCUCUCUCGAACCGCUCAACAAUCACACUCCUUCGCGGCUCUGCAUUAAUAUUGGGCUUUACAGAGCUACUGAGAGUGAUCGUGUCAGAGAGAUUGGGCGAGUAACAAAGAAGUAGAGCGUGGACAAAGAAGAGGAGAGUGAGUGGACGAGUGGCAGGGAUAGAGCAAGCGAACAAGAGAUUUGACGAGCGAGUAUCAUGAUCGAGGACUCGAGCGAGGAUGGAAAAGCAAAAUAAUUUUCCAGUUAUCAAGCCCAUCAACAAGGCUGUGGUGCAUAGAGUUUCUUCAGGACAAGUCAUCUUAGAUCUUUCAUCUGCUGUGAAAGAAUUGGUUGAAAACAGUCUGGAUGCUGGUGCAAGCAGCAUUGAAAUCAAUUUGAAGGAGUAUGGCGAAGAAUUUUUCAAGGUUGUGGAUAAUGGAUGUGGCAUUUCACCUGAGAAUUUUCAGGUGCUCGCUAGAAAGUAUCAUACGUCGAAAAUCACAGAUAUCUCUGACCUUCACUCUUUGACGACUUUUGGCUUUCGCGGAGAAGCACUGAGUUCACUCUGUGCCUUGGGUACUUUGACUGUUGAAACAAGAACUAAGAACGAGGCUGUAGGAACACAUUUAACAUUUGAUCAUACUGGAUCAGUGAUUUCAGAAAGAAAAACUGCACGUCAAGUUGGCACCACUGUGGCAGUGGAGAAACUGUUUUCCACUUUGCCCGUGCGUAAUAAAGAAUUCUGUCGUAACAUCAGAAGAGAAUAUGGAAAGCUAACUUCUUUGUUAAAUGCCUAUGCUCUCAUGACUAAAGGAGUUCGUUUUCUUUGCACCAACAUAACUAGUAAAAAUUCGAAAUCGGUGGUGUUGAAAACUCAGGGAAACAUCUCAGUCAAAGAAAACAUCAUAACUGUCCUCGGUUCAAACACUUUCCAAUGUCUUGAGCCUUUGAGUAUACAUAUAUCAGAACACUGCACUGUUGAGGGUUUUUUAUCGAAACCUGGUUAUGGUAGCGGCCGAAAUAUGGGAGAUAGGCAAUUCUUCUACAUUAAUGGUAGGCCUGUUGAUAUGCCAAAAGUGAGUAAACUUCUAAAUGAAGUAUAUAAAAGCUCAAAUUCCAAGCAGUAUCCAAUCGCAAUUAUGAAUUUUAUCAUACCAGCGACAUAUUAUGAUGUCAACGUAACUCCUGAUAAGCGGAAGGUUUUUAUUAGCGACGAGGGCUCAAUUAUGAUUUCGUUGAGAGCAGAAAUUGAGAAAAUUUACUCGCCACAUCAAUGCAGUUAUUCUAUCAAUAACAUCACAAAGUCCUCCGUAGAAACCAAUGUAUAUAUGCAGGAUGAUGUUGAAGUAGAUGCUAUUCAGGAUCCUAAUGUCAUGGAUUUAGCUGGCUCUACUGAUCGGGGUUUGGAUGAUGAUUCCCCAAUGACCUUAGAAACUGGUAACCGGUACAUUGACAAUGAAAGCAUGUCUGAUUUUGAUGAUGACGGCCCUCCUAGAAAGUUCGUAAAAAGUGUUGAUGAAAGUAAGUGUAAUCGCCAUUUAAAGCAGUCAAUGUAUGCCAAGUUAAAUACGAAUGUUGAUGAGAAAGUCCGUUCAAAGCUUGUUCGGUCAUCUCUUUCAAGGUUUUGCCAUGUAAAUAAGAGGAAACAUGAAAAUAGUUGCAGCAUGUUAUCUGAAAUGCCUUUGUUACGGGAUGAAAGAACUUCCAGACAAAUUAGCAAAACUGGUUCGGAAAAAAAUGGUUCGACAUUAAUAAGGAAAAUUCAUAUUUCAGAAGAUGAUGUAUCAGUUUUUAAAGCAGAUAGAUCAGAACAUAAUCAUGAAGCCUAUAAUGACUCCAACAAGGUGGAUGGUUUUUGUUCAUUACAACCUAAAACUUGCAAUAGAGGUUAUAACAAGGAAAAUUCAAAAGAGCAUCAUUCAGUAUUUUCCAUUUCAGAGUCAGCAUUGGAAGCUUCACCUGGAGAAAACCUAGAAAUUAAAUCAGGAGAACUUUUAACUUUAGAUUCAUCAUUGGAGGAAGCACAUAAUAUAAAUAGUAGAAUGAUAAAAGCAUAUUCAGAAGAGCAUCAUUCAGCAUUUUCCAUUUCAGGGUCAGCAUCGGAAGCUCCACCUGGAGAAAACCUAGAAAUUAAAUCAGGAGAACUUUUAACUUUAGGUUCAUCAUUGGAGGAGGCACAUAAUAUCAAUAGUAGAAUGAUAAAAGCAUGUUCCACUCAAAACACCUAUCCUCAUCUGCAGUUUAGCAUAUAUGAUAUUAGAAAAAGAAGGGAUAAGAGGAUGUCAAGAUUGUUCUCUGGAAAGUCUAAAACUGAAGGAAGAAUUCGAAGUUGUUACUCUGCUGCAACAAUUACAAAUUCUCAGUCAGAAAAUGAUGAGGGAAAAACAGACUCUUUAGUCGCCGCUGUUAUAGAGUUAGAGAGAUUUUUCAGGAAAGAAGAUUUUGGAAGAAUGGAGGUCAUUGGGCAAUUCAAUCUUGGUUUUAUCAUCGGAAAAUUGGAUCAAGACUUGUUCAUAAUUGAUCAGCAUGCUGCUGAUGAAAAAUACAAUUUCGAGUGCAUCUCAAAAUCAGCCCUAAGUCUGCAGCCUCUAAUGAAGCCAAUAGAAUUGGAACUUUCACCUGAAGAGGAAGUAGUGGCUUCUAUGAAUAUGGACAUAAUCAGGAAAAACGGGUUUCUUCUGAUGGAAGACAUGAAUGCAGCUCCCAGACAUCGAUUUCUGCUAAAAGCUGUACCAUUCAGCAAGAAAAUAACUUUUGGUGUUGAAGACCUUAAGGAGCUUAUUUCUACCCUCAAUGACAGCGAAGGAGAGUGCUCCAUCAUCAGUAGUUACAAAAUGGACACUGCUGAUUCCAUUUGUCCUUCAAGGGUCCGUGCCAUGUUUGCUUCACGUGCUUGUCGGAUGUCUGUUAUGAUCGGUGAUCCACUUGCAAAACCUGACAUGAAAAAGAUACUUAAGAGUUUGGUAGAUCUCAAGUCUCCCUGGAACUGCCCUCAUGGUAGGCCAACAAUGCGCCAUCUUGUUGACUUGACUAUGGUUUGUAACAGAAGGACUACUUUGGAUGCAUCUCAUGUUGCCGACAUAUACUUCAAGUGGUGCGUGUUCAUGGAGUACCCCAUACUAUUGUCUCCAAUCGAAAUGUGAAGUUCUCAAGUCACUUAUGGCAAACCUUGUGGAGGAAGUUUGGAACUAAAUUACAAUUUAGUUCAACGGCCCAUUCUCAAACGGAUGGCCAAACCAAAUGCAAGCUUGAGGAAUUUGUUGAGAUGAUAUGUGGGAAAAAAAUAUACGACAAUUAGACCUUUUAUUAUCAUAAUUGGAGUUUGCUUACAAUAAGUACCGCAAUCACACCUCCAAGUUUAGUCUCUUUGAAGUGGUGUCUGGCCGCAAUUCCCUGCCCUUUCUCCCUUGGAUCUCUUACUUAUCAUGGAAAUGUGUUUGGUCUGUAACUAGGUUGUACUCUUCCUGGGGGUGUUUGUGAGGCCUGUUAGCUGCUGUCCUAAACUGAUUCCUGUUGCCAACUGUGGCAGUUUUCAGUUCUUGAAGGAAGACAGCUGAGUGAUCAGUUGUUUCCCUGUUGUGUCACCAUCACAGAAGGGGAAAAACAAUAGGUUUUCCCCUAUCGCGCGGAGUUUACACACUUGAGC